CAAUGUGAAAAACUGCGUUGACCUCCCCCCGGAUUCACCUCUAAAGCGAAGCCAUGUUCCGCUCUUUUAGAAGCGUUCAGCAGUUUAACUGCAAACUCCUGACUUUACAGAAACUCCACGUUAACUCUAAACUCCUGAUCUGCGCGUCCAGAAUGGCCAGCUCAGAGUACAGGAUUGAGCGGGACACGUUUGGUGAGCUCAAAGUCCCAGCUGACAAGUAUUACGGAGCCCAGACUGUCAGAUCCACCAUGAACUUCAAGAUCGGGGGACCGAGUGAGAGAAUGCCAAUCCAAGUGAUCAAGGCCUUUGGUAUCCUGAAGAAAGCAGCUGCCCAGGUGAACAAAGACUACGGUCUCGACCCAAAGAUAGCCAAUGCCAUCGUCCAGGCUGCAGAUGAGGUGUCAGCUGGUAAACUGGAUGAUCAUUUCCCACUUGUGGUGUGGCAGACUGGGUCAGGAACCCAAACCAACAUGAACGUCAACGAGGUGAUCAGCAACAGGGCCAUCGAGAUCCUGGGAGGGAAACUGGGCUCCAAGGAUCCAGUUCACCCUAAUGACCAUGUCAACAAGAGUCAGAGCUCCAAUGACACCUUUCCCACUGCCAUGCACAUUGCUGUAGCCACAGAGGUGCACCAGGUGCUCCUACCUGGCCUCCAGACUCUGCAUGAUGCUCUGGCUGCAAAGGCUGAAGAGUUCAAAAAUAUCAUCAAGAUCGGACGCACCCACACCCAGGAUGCUGUCCCUCUCUCUCUCGGGCAGGAGUUUGGCGGCUAUGUCCAGCAGGUUAAGUACAGCAUAGAGCGGGUGAAAGCUGCCAUGCCCAGGGUUUAUGAGCUGGCAGCAGGAGGCACGGCAGUCGGGACUGGACUCAACACCCGCAUUGGCUUUGCAGAGAAAGUAGCUUCUACUGUUGCUUCUCUCACUGGCCUGCCGUUCAUCACCGCCCCAAACAAGUUUGAAGCUCUGGCAGCUCACGAUGCCCUGGUAGAGCUGAGCGGAGCACUGAACACAGUAGCCGUCAGCAUGAUGAAGAUCGCCAACGACAUUCGUUUCCUGGGGUCAGGGCCUCGCUCCGGCCUGGGGGAACUCAUCCUGCCAGAGAACGAACCUGGAAGCAGCAUAAUGCCGGGCAAAGUGAAUCCCACGCAGUGUGAGGCCAUGACCAUGGUGGCGGCGCAGGUGAUGGGCAACCACGUGGCGGUCACUGUCGGCGGAAGCAAUGGACACUUUGAGCUUAAUGUCUUUAAGCCCAUGAUGGUCAAGAAUGUGCUCAACUCCGCACGGCUGCUCGGUGACGCGUCCGUGUCCUUCACCAACAACUGUGUGGUGGGCAUCCAGGCCAACUCUGAGAGGAUCAACAAGCUGAUGAACGAGUCCCUCAUGCUGGUCACCGCGCUCAACCCUCACAUCGGGUACGACAAGGCAGCCGCCAUCGCCAAGACGGCUCAUAAGAAGGGUUCAACGCUGAAGGCAGUGGCCGUGGAGCUGGGCUACCUGACAGAAGAGCAGUUCGACCAGUGGGUGAAGCCGAGUGAGAUGCUGGGGCCAAAGUGAACUCUGACAACACUACAACAUCAAAGCUGAACAAUUUGAAGAAAACAUCCGUUAAUAAAGCCAAAUUCUUUUGACCCCAUUUUUUUUUCUACCUGAUUAUACUUAAUGUUAAAAAGUCUUAUGUUGGAACACUUUGGUGAAAAAAGGUGACAAUUAAUUGCAUCAUAGUACUUUUGUCUCACUUUACAAUACAUGUGCCAUUAUCACAGUGUUCAGAUUUAUUUAAAUUGAUUUAACUUGUGUCAUGCUUUUGCACGCCAGUAAUCUGUCAGUGCAAUGUAAAAAAAAUAUAAAAAAAACUACAACAGA